AUGCCUUCCCGACGUGACUUAGCCAACCCCUCCCUCCUUUCUCCCAGCGGCUACGAUGACGAUGCCGACUCCUUGCGGUCUCCGUCGGAGCAGGAUUCUGACUCCGAAGAUGACGAGUUUAUUCGUGCCUCUCGUACAACAAUAGAGCUCUCCCGACAUGAUCAGACCGUGUUGGAGGAGGAGGAAGAAACGGAGAAUCUCUUGACUCGGAGCGGGCCCACACACGGGCUUCGUCGCAUCUUUAGCCCCAGCCACAGUACCGUUCGGAUUGGUAAAACAAACAAAAGACGAUCGCGGAGGAGAGCGCGACAUGGAGAUGGCAGACGGCGCCGAGGGGAGUUGAUGUUCGAGAUGGAGGAAGGGCACCGGGAUGACGAGAGUUCGUUGCUGAGCUCCGAGUCGGACCUGGACGAGGACAGUCAGGAGAAGUACCCUCCUAUUCAGGAAUCCCGACGUGUGACAUGGUGGAAAUUGAGUCUGGUCUUUUCGGCCAUCUUUGUUCUCUUCCUCAUCUUCCUUCUGGGAGCGUACAAGGCAUCCAUCGGAUUCCGCGCGUCCCAAACCAAACCGCUCCGAUCGAAUGGCACUGCACUCUUCGCUCCGACAACCAUAUACAUAUCUCUUGACGGAUUCCGGGCCGACUUUCUCAAUCGCGGCCUGACCCCCUUCCUCAACUCAUUUGUCGCAGGCGGCGUGUCGCCACCAUAUAUGCUCCCCAGCUUCCCCAGCGUCACUUUUCCCAACCACUUCACCCUGAUGACCGGACUGUAUCCAGAAAGCCAUGGAGUGGUAUCAAAUACGUUUUGGGAUCCAGCCUUGAAGGAGGAGUUCUACUACACCCACCAAGAAAUCAGCAUGCAGGCGAAAUGGUGGAACGCAGAACCCCUGUGGAUGAGAGCCGAAAACUAUGGGAUGAAGUCGGCUGUCCACAUGUGGCCCGGCUCAGAAGCGCACAUUGGUGGCGUGGAUCCAACCUAUCUGGAUGAAUAUAAUGGCUCCGAAGCGCUGUCCAAGAAGGUGGACCGUCUCUUAGGUUUCCUUGAUAUGCCGGGGCUGGAAACUGAGGAUCAAACGCCCGCGCGCCCGCAGCUCCUUGCGGCUUACGUCCCUAAUGUCGACGCGGAUGGGCACAAGUACGGGCCUAAUAGCACAGAGAUCCGUGGGACAAUUGCACAGGUGGAUGAGAUGCUGGGGAGCCUGUUUCACGGCCUGGAGGCUCGGAACCUCACCGAGAUCGUCAAUGUCGUGAUCGUCUCGGACCAUGGGAUGGCGACGACUGCGACGGAGCGCUUGGUCCAGCUCGACGAUUUCAUCGACCUCAACCUCGUCGACCAUAUUGACGGGUGGCCGUUGCGCGGUAUCCGGCCCAAACAACCAGAACACCUUGAGACCUUGCAGAGGCAGCUGGAUAGUUUGAGGGAAAACUACUCCCACGCGGUGGAGAUCUACACCCGCGAGGCCAUGCCCGAACGUUACCAUUUCCAAAACAACGACCGCAUCGCACCAUUGUGGGUCAUCCCCAAGGCUGGCUGGGUGGUGGUCGAACGAUCCGAUUUCGACGCCGCGCGAGCCUUGCAGGAUGGGGAGGAGUAUCACCCCCGCGGGGUGCAUGGUUACGAUCACGAGCAUCCGCUCAUGCGCGCGAUUUUUGUCGCGCGAGGCCCAGCGUUUCCCCAUACCCCCAAUAGCCGGGUGGAACCAUUUCAAAAUGUCAACGUGUACAACAUCAUAUGUGACUCCUUGGGGCUUCCACCCCAGCCGAACAACGGAACUCUGCGCCUUCCGCUCAAACCAAUUGGCCUGCACUCCGAUGCGGGCGCUCCAGGGGUGGAGGAUCCAUCGGACCCUCCCGCUACCAGCACCUUUGUUGCGGCUGCGCCUACUCACGCGGCUCCCGCAGACUCCAAGCCUACAUCACCAGCAGAAGCACCUGCACGUCCGAACCCCGACCCCGGGACUGAGGACGACGAGAGACCAACGUGGUGGGGAACGCUCUGGGGCAAAGUGGGGGAGGUGAAGGACUGGGCGACUGAUGUCGUCGAUACGGUGAAGGAUAAUUUCUUUUGA